GAGUAUAUCCCACUACAUUGCAUUCCAUUGAACGUUUUACUCAAUAUUCGCAGCAUAUACUAUCUCGUCCAGACUAGCGCAAUUCAUGGCUCAUAAACAUUGACAUUUUGUUUCUUUCCUUUUCCCUAUUUGAUAUACAUUCUCUAUUGUUCCAAAAAAAAAAAAAUAUCAAUUAGUACCCAUAACGCUCAAGGCAUACAUACAUACAUACAUCCACAAUGCCUUCCGCGCUUCACUCCAUCCUUCUUUCCCUCGUUUUACACUCCUUGCCAAUCCUCGCCGCUCCCGCUCCUUCCACCGACCCUUCCUCCCCCUCCUCCUCCUCCCCCUCCUUCUCCUCCGGCCCUAUAACAUGCGACCCCUCCAAAGACCACCCCGGCCCAGCCAACCCGUCCUUUGAAGACGGGACGCUGAACGGCUGGACCAUUAUCAGCGGCACCGCCUUCUCCAACUCGGGGUCCAUCAGCUCCGCCACAUCCUACUGGGGCGGGCCCUUUGACCAAGUCGGGACGUACCACCUCUGGGGCUUCGCCGCGGCCGGCGACGGGGCUGUCGGGGAGCUGCACAGCAGUUCGUUCGCAGCGAGUUCGGCGCUGAGUUUCCUGAUUGGCGGCGGGUAUGAUCCGGAUAAUUUAUAUGUAGCGCUGGUGCGGGACGCGGAUAAUAAAGUGCUGUAUAAGCAGACAGGCGCGAACGACGAGGCGUAUGUGCGCGUGGUGUGGAAUACGGUGGGCUAUGCAGGCGAAAAUGUGCAUCUCGUGGUGUAUGAUAAUGCGACGGCGGCGUGGGGGCAUGUUAAUGUGGAUGAUGUAAGGGUUGGGUGUGCGGCGCUGGGGGAUACGGUGACUGUCUCUGCUGCUGCUGCUGCUGCUGCUGCCUCUGGUGUUUCUGCCUCUGAAUUCUCAACAGAAAAUAACAACGACAGCAAAGAAAACGACAAACGAGACGAGAACGACAACGAGAGCAAAAACAACGGGAAAACGACAAAACUGACAUUCAACGUCAUCGGACAAGCCAACACCGCAUCCGGGACGCAAUCCCAAAUCAGCCUCUUCUCCAACGACGCGCUGCGGCCGCAAUACCACUACACGCCGUACCAAGGCUGGAUCAAUGACCCGGCGGGGCUGAUCAAAUGGAGCAAAGACAAUCGGCACCACCUGUUCAGCCAAUAUAACCCCGCGGAGGCGGUAUGGGGCCCCAUGCACUGGUCCCACGCGGACAGCAGCGACGGGGUGCAUUGGCGGAAUUUACCCGUGGCGCUGUAUCCGCCGUAUUAUGACACGGACAAGACUGACACGAGCGGGCGGUUUACGGGCUCGGCGGUGACGGAUCCAAAAGACAGUUCGCUGCGGCUCGUGUUUACAGAGUUUACUGACACGACGCAUCAUCCGGGAGCGACGCCCGAGACGGUAUGGACGGCGACAUCGGGGGACGGGACGACGUUUGUGUAUCCGUCUGCUGGCGGGGGCGGGGGCGGCGACGGCGGAAAUACUAGCACGAACCCGAUAAUUGCGACGCCCCCCGCGGAUUCGGGAAAUGGGUUCCGUGACCCAAAGGUGUUUUAUGACGCGGGCGAUAAUCGGUACAAGAUGGUCGUGGGGUCGGGAGAUAAUGACAAGGGUGGGAAGGUGCAGUUGUUUGCAGCGGCGGGGUCGCUGACGACAUGGGAUUAUGUGGGCGUGCUAUAUCAAGGGGAUGGCUCGCGGGGAGCAAUGUGGGAGUGUCCGAACUUCUUCCCCAUUACAUCUGCAGAUGGCAAGACGACCAAGUGGGCGCUGUUUUACGGUGGGAAUGAGAAGAAUUGGUACGAGGUGGGCACGUUUGAUGGCACGACGUUCCAGUCUGAGAAAGUUGGUCUGUUGGAUUACGGACCGGACUUUUAUGCGGCGCAGUAUUAUCAGGAAGGUGGUGUUGCGCCGCCGGCACAGAAGUCGACGUCGGCGUCGGCAUCGUCAGGAGGUGGAGGAGGAGGUCGUGUCUUGGCAAUUGGCUGGAUGGGUAAUUGGGAUCAGAAUGCCCGUUUUGUAAGCAGGCUCAAUGGCUGGGCUGGCGCGCAGGGAGUCACGCGUGAACUCUUCCUCAAGGCCGAUGGCGGAUUGGGCAGUCGACCGAUUGCCCAGAUUUCGAGCUUGGCGUCUGGAAGCCAGAUUGGUGGAACGAGCAAGACAAAAGAUGUCUCUGCUGGAAGCAGCUGGACUGUUGGAUCUUCCAACCAGGCGCAGUUCACGGUGACGUUUGAUCUGGCCAGUACCAGCGCGAAUAUUAUUACCGUCAAGGUCUUUGGUGUAGCGGCGUCGGGCGGUAGCGAUGCUGUCUUGGUAACGUAUAAUAAGGCCACGGAGACCCUGACGUUAGAUACGACUCAUGCUUCUUCGUAUGGAUGGCCAGGAACGUGGAGCGCGCCGGUCAUUGUGGAUUCGUCGAAUACACUCAGCUUGACGCUCUUAAUGGACCGCUCUAGUCUCGAAGUUUUCUCGGCAGAAGGCGUCUCGUUGACCGCAUGGGUCUGGCCUAAAUAUGUCCAGAGUAAUCAGGUCCAGGUCGUGGCGGAUGGGCAAGGAAGUGUCCGUGUGACAAAAGCCAGCCUGGUGCCGUUUGGCAGUGCUUGGGUAUCGUAGUUUUGUUUUGGACUUGGCCGUGUAGGGGAAUUCCUGGGAGGUAAGACGAUCAAAAAAGACGAAAGGCUGCCUGGAAUAUUUGCAAAAGUGAAAAUAAGUGCUUGAUAUUGCCCUUUCGAAUUAUAUACAAGAGAAAAUCCGCCAAAUAAACCUCGAACCUUCCUCCACUUUGGCGGAGCAGGUAUCCAUGAACGGAUUGAG